AUGCGCGCCAGAAGCGUAGUGUCUAACAAAGGCGCUUCGAGCAACCUCUCUUGUCAGACUCCGGCGCCGACCCCCACCGGAACCAUCCCAACCGGAACAAUCCCGACCCCCAGCGGAACCAUCCCGACCCCCAGCGGGACCCCCACCGGAACCAUCCCGACCCCCAGCGGAACCAUCCCGACCAUCACGCCCAUCACGGCCAACGUUGGGAACGUCAGCUGCACCGCUGCUGACGUCACUAUCGGCCCGCAGAACGUGGGCGCGUUCGUGCAGCAGGGCCGCUCGCGUUUCACGCCGUACAAUUUCACGCUCACCAAUAACUGCGGGUCGCCUGGGAACCUGACACGUGUCACGCUCGCGGUGUCGCCCGUUUUCCCGUACACGUUCCCCUGGAGCCCCUUCGGCUGCUUCCUCAUUGGCGGAGUAUGCCAGACGUUCCAGAACGUCUACUCUCAGCAACUCGCUCAACUGGGCCAGUGCUCACAAGUAUUCGUCAAUGGGACCUACGCGUAUACGCCGCCGGGCCCCGUCAACUGCACCAUUGGGGUCGCCCAGAUCCCCGGGGGUCUGGCCCCGGGGCAAAGCUUCCCAAUCCUCUUCAACGUCGCCAACAACCUGACGGGCCGGAUCGUUUUCAACUUCCAAGUUGCCUCCGCUACCUUCGCCCCCACCGAGCUUGAAUUACAGGAAUUCCUGCCAAUGGGCUUCUUUCUGAACGAUGUAAACGCCCGCUGCAGGGCCGCUCACGACACCGCCACCAGCUACCACCAUCCCGGUCACUACACCCCCGGCGACAACCGCCCCGGUGACUACCGCCCCGGCGACGACCGCCCCGGCCACUACUGCCCCAGCGACGACCGCCCCGGUGACUACCGCCCCGGUUACCACCGCCCCGGUUACUACUGCCCCGGCGACAACCGCCCCGGCCACUACCGCCCCGGCCACGACGGCGCCGGCGACCACUGCGCCAACCACGACUGCGCCGGCGACCACUGCCCCGGCCCCUACUGCGCCGGCCACAAGUGCCCCUGCAACGACUGCGCCGGCCACGACUGUUCCGGCCACGACUGUUCCGGCCACGACUAUUGCGCCCACCACUGGGCCAGCAACAAUUGCCCCGGCGACUACGUCCGCCCCGGCCACGACCGGCGUCUUUUUCUGAAAAGGCGCCCAAAAUCGUCUGAUUGA